UACUGUAAUACCACUAAUACUUACAAAUCUUCUGGAUUCUUCCUGCGAAACUAGUUUCAGUGAAGUUCUGAAGGAGCCAUCAGGAUGAUUUGUACAUAGUAUUAAUCGGUUCCUGGUUGCUACAAAUUCCAAGAUUGAAAGUAUGCAUAGAAGAAACGAAAACCUCCUGAUAAAACUAACCGAACCUAGUCUGUGGCCUCACCAGCUGAUUAAUUGUCCAUUCCCUCUAUAGCUGUCAAAUUGGAACGGUAUGAAAAGAUAAAGCAUUAAAAUUGUUAAUGAAGCAAAAUACAUAAAAUGUUGAUACGAAAGAAUAGCAAGUGUUGUUUGUAACGUUUUUUACAAUCUUUUUAUCUUAUUAAGCUAGUAGCUUAAAGGAUUUGACAAUUUUAUGUGUUUGUCAGUUAGUUUUUAGCACUUAAAAUGACUUCUAACGCCAGCCCCUCACAUUAUACCGAAGACGCUUUCGUGACAGAUGCAAAUUUCAAAGUAGAAAUUAAUGAGAAGAUGAAGGUGCCCGAUAGAAUCAGCUUUAAUCCGGAGGUGAAUGGUGAGACUAGAAAUUUUUGGACCAAGGACUCGUUUGAUAUGCACGUGCCUGAAAGAAUACUGGUGGUCGGACAACAUCAACACAUUGGUACAAGAGCACCGCCGCGAGAAAUUGCUUUUGAUAAUUCGAUUAUAAAGUCUGAUCCUUACCCAUCAGACUUACCUCGGGUCGCUACGCCUCCAAGAAACUUAACACUUGACAAGUAUGUGUUUCCAGGAGUAAAUGACUAUGAAGAAGAAUUUUCUGCUGCAGAAGAGAAACUACCAGUGUCCAAACCAAAAGCCAAAGUCAGAAUAAAUGAUUCUACAUUUUCCAUGUCAAAUUCAUAUAGGGAAUCAACUCCUCCUUUAGGUGGAGGAGAUCCGUUGACCCCCGCAGAGGAGGUCUUGCAUUUGAGAAGGCAAAUGGCCAAGCUAAACAGACGGUUAAUAGCUCUUGAAAUGGAAAAUUUGAACAGACUUCAGAAAGAGAAGAUUGUUUUGGGGUUUGGGAUGGCAUAUUUCCUAUUUAAGGUUAUUCUUUGGAUGAGCAGAGACUAAUUAUUUAAAACAUGAAUAUGUCUGAUUGCAGUAUCUUUUUAUUUAGCAACGAUUUUUGGUUUAAUUUGUAUUCUUUAAAUUUAGAAAGUUAAGCAUACAAUGUGUUAUCGGAAUGAAUUUUUAAGUAGACAAUUAUUUUUGAUGGAUUUUGUCACUUAUUUUGAAAUACAUACUAGUUAUUGUG